AUGAAUAACUCUUCUGAUGAGAACCAUUUCCAUUUCUCAGAAGAUGAAAUUGUUUACAAUAGCAGAAGCCCCAUAAGGAGAACGCCAAUUCAAGCUCAAUAUCAUGUUCAGGCAGAAAGGAAGCGAAGAGAAAAGCUGAGUGACCUCUUCAUAGCUCUUUCAAAACUUGUUCCAGGCCUCAAAAAGCUGGACAAGGCUUCUGUCCUUGAAGAUGCAAAUAAGCACAUUAAAGAACUCCAAGAACGUUUGAAGACUCUGGAGGAAGAGAAAAAGAACAACUCCACAGCACCGGAAAUCAUGGUAGAAAGAUGUAUUAUCUCUACAUGCAGUGGUAAUACUUCUUCCUUCAAAGGCGCCACACUAGAACUAAUCCCUGAGAUCAAGGUCAAAAUCCAGGGCAAAAACGUGCUUGUAAAAAUCCUGUGCGAGAAAAAAUACCACGGAUCCAUAUCAAGUAUGUCAAGUGAACUUGAGAAACUACAUCUUACCAUCCUGGAUACCAGAAUCUUAAGAUUUGGUUGUUGUACAUUUGACAUUACUCUUAAGGCUCAGAUGGACAAUGAAUUCUCCGUAACAAUGAAGGACAUUAUAGAGCAUCUUCAACAAGGCAUAUUCCAAUUGCACUCAUGA